AUGCGCCUCGCGGAGUCGUCCUGGGAGUGUCCAUCGGGCGAAGGAUGCGAAGACAAAGUUUCGCCGUCGCGCGGGCCAGCAGGGCGCGUGCGCGCGAGGCGGCGGCCGCGGACGGCGCACGCGAGAGACCUCAGGACGAUAGACGGCGAAACGCUGCCCCGCGAGACGGCCAAUGUGAUCCACGUCCCCACACCUCCUGAAAGCACGAAAAGGGGGAAGACGGUCAAAUCUCGCGCUUUCCAAUAUGAAGCUUUCAGUAUAGCAAUGAACUACAAGAUGUACACGGUGUACACUACAAGCUGUACACGCUGUACUGAGACCCCCACCCCCCUCUACCUGGGAAGGCCGAGAACAAGCGCUUCAAUGAUGCCCUUCAAGGCUUCGACAACAGUACCCCUAGACCGUCCAUUGCAACGCUUACCAUGCACCACCAACCACCGCGGCACGUUGGCCAAGAUGUGCUGCGUCAAGAGCUUUGACCGCUUUGUGUUAGCUCGGGUAAGCUCGGGCGUUGGUCGUUGGUGUUUGUACGCAUCGGGGAGGUCGAAGUGGGCAAGGGGGAGUGUUCUGCCCUUCGCCUCUGCUUCGGCGAGGCCGACGGGCAUGUUUGCUGCCUCACUCUUCCCCUCUCUCAAAGCGCCCCUGAGGACAAUACAGGAGAGAGUCGACGAUGCGCUUGAAGAUAGGAUUCAACGCGCCCUGAAGCCAAUUUCCAGCCAAUGGUCAAGAUGUGCUUCGUCAAGCACCGACCAAGAUGUGCUCCGUCAAGAACCCCCACGCGCGAGUGUAGUCCUCAACAGGCCUACGAGUUGCAGGAGUGCGAGGGGAUGGGUGGGGAUGGGUGGGGAGUGCGAGGGAAGGUGGGGAGCAUGCCAGCGUAGUAGACGAGGGAGGAUGAGGGAGCAGCGCGCCUCAACCACGGCAGAUCGAUCUACUGACAUUAGCUCUAUGUUUUGGGUAUAUCACGAAGGGGAGCUAGCAGAGGCUGGCACGGGCCACGACGACAGUGAGGAGCGCAGGAAGGCGGUGCAGCGAUUCCUGGCGCGCCGAAAUAUCGAUGAGGUCCCCAAGCACACCUCGCCAACACCGCUCCCGCGCAUGCUGCCCGCGAAGCGCAAGGCCAGCAGUGGGGAACUAUCACAACAACCCGGCUACACAGGGCGGCUCGGCGCCGACCACCACCCUGCAAACUUGCCUCCUCUGCCGAACGUGUUCAUCCGUGAUGCUCGAGCUCUGCCGUCACGCGCAACGCUCGACGCACACACACACGAGGAGCAUUACGAGCACGCACAAGAAGGAGCAGCCGACGACGCGGCGUACUUCCUCGCCAUCUGCCGCCCGACUCAGAAGCUGGUGCCGUUCAUCGCUGUCCUCGACAACCAGUUUGAGUCGUUCAAGAAGGACUCCCUCUGGGCUGCCGAGGAAGUUGACGCCGUUUUCGACCAGGACCCGCAGCGCGUGUGCAUUCUCCGGGGCCCGGUCGCUGUCAAGUGGUCGAAGGUCCCCGUCGUCGACUACUGUCAGUGCCCUCCCUGCACUCUGCACAAGGCCGACGGCAAGGUCGCCUUCCAUACCGGCGCACCCUCGGCGGCCAGCUGGCUCGAGUCCCUCGCCGGUCCCGAGCUGUCGUGGCGCCCUCAUCUCCUCGAAGUCCAUUGUCCAAGGCGGCUCCUAUAUCAACAAUCCCCUCCGCCACAUCGCAUCCUCAUUCCCCAUCCGCGCCAGAAGGUCAUCGUCGACGACUACACAGGCGACGUUCCCUUGCACCUCUCCGCGUUUGGCGGUGCCCGCGACCCCGACUUCAAGGCGGUCGACGUUGCAUAUGACGCCGCUUCGAAGGAGAUCAACCUGACCCUCUUCAAGGAGCGCCGCUUCGCGCCCAUCCACGAGUUUGCAGAAGGCCGCAACGACCGCAUCAAGGCCUUCUACUGGAAGCUGUGGUACGGCGACAGCGAGGCUCUGCCCAACAUCAACGUGCGCGACGUCGUGAAGGGCGCCGAGGUCACCAGCAAGGCCGAGGACGUGGAACAGUUCUGCCAGUUCUGCGCUGUCGUCGGGAACCAGCAACCAGGGCGAGGCCUUCAAGAGCGCGAGGAGACGCCCAUGGCACCCAUGGAUUUCGCCUUUGUCAUGGGCUGGCAGGCCUUCCCGUCGACUGUUGAUGGAGACCUCCUAAAGCUCGUCCAUCUCUCGAACGGUUUCCGAAUGGCCCGCAUCCUCUCUGUCGUCAACCCCGACGCCGGUAAGAUCAUCAAGGUCAAGGGCCACGUUCUUCGCGCUGGCAAGCCCAUCAUCGAGGUCGUCUCCGCAUUCCUCUACCACGGCAAGUUCACGGACUUCUACGAGGUGGCACUCGAGAAUGACGCCCAGGUGUCCUACAAGGACAAGAACCCCUUCAGCGACAUGGAGGUCUCUAGCGAGAUCUUCGUUCGCAACCAGCUGAAGGCCCUCGUCAAGGAUCUUAUAGAGCGUGUCCUUUCGUACGACGUGUCCUUUGUCGGCAUGGUCCUGCCCGGUGAUUCGCUCAAGGUCAACAUCCACCACGUCGCGAUGCACAAUGGCAAUCUUGUCGUCAAGACCACCAACACCAACGACCGCGACGAGAAGGUCCUCGAGGGCUCCGCCGAGGUCGCCCGGCCGCCCCGCCUCCUACGUCUUCACCGCCAUCCUAACGGCCUCCUGUUCGCCACGCAGUUCGCUCAGAUGGCCCUCGUCGUCACCGAGAAGGCUGCCUUCGAGGACAUGCGUGUCAAGGGCUUCGUGCAAAAGGACUGUCCCUUCGCCGGCCACUCGCUUGGUGAAUACUCGGCGCUGGCUUCCAUCGCCGAUGUCCUGCACAUCUCCGCCCUCGUCGACGUCGCCUUCUACCGCGGCAUCACCAUGCAGCGCGCGGUCGAGCGCGACGAGCACAACCGCUCGAACUACGCGAUGUGCGCUGUGAACCCCUCGCGCAUAUCCAAGACCUUUACGGACACUGCACUUCGCGACGUCGUCGACGGCAUCGCCUCUUCAACCAACCAACUCCUCGAAAUCGUUAACUUCAACGUCGAGGGUCAACAAUACGUCUGCGCCGGCGAGCUGGUCGCUCUGCAGACCUUGACCAACGUCUUGAACUACCUCAAGGUCAAGAAGGUGGACAUCGUGCAGUUGACGCAGCAGUUCAGCGUCGAGAAGGUUAAGGAAAUGCUGGGCGAGAUCAUCAAGUCCUCGCACGACUCCGCUGUUGAGAAGCAGAAGAGCGAUGGGUACAUCAUCCUUGAGCGCGGCUUUGCAACAAUCCCUCUCCCCGGCAUCGACGUGCCUUUCCAUUCUCGCUACCUCUGGGCCGGUGUCAUGCCUUUCCGUACCUACUUGUCGAAGAAGAUCAACCCCGCUCAUCUCAACCCCGACACCCUUAUCGGCAAAUACAUCCCGAACUUGAUCGCUCAGCCCUUCGACAUCUCGCGCGAGUACGCCCAGAUCAUCUACGAUCGCACGUCGUCGCCUCGUCUCGACAAGGUUCUGAAGAACUGGGAGGAGGAAAAAUGGGGCAGCACCGACAACCGUCAGAAGCUGGCUUACGUCAUCCUCGUCGAGCUGCUCGCCUACCAGUUCGCAUCACCUGUUCGCUGGAUCGAGACACAGGAUCUGCUCUUCACCGACUUCGCCUUCGCCUUCGAGCGCCUCGCGAAGUACGAGGCGUCCGACGACUCGGUGGGCCGGAAGCGCGCCAUCCUCUGCCAUGCCAAGCACCCGAAGGAAAUCUACUACCAGUUCGAGGACGAGCCCGAGGAUGCACCUGCCGAGGAGCCGGCAUCCGCCGACGCGCCCGCUGCACCCACUGCAGCGCCCGCCGCUGCUGCCGCGCCAGCUCCCGUUGCCGCUCCCUCCGGCCCUGUCGCCAGUGUAGAGGACGUACCCAUCAAGCCCGUCGACGUUCUUGCCGUCAUCGUUGCGCAGAAGCUGAAGAAGACUGUGAGCGAGAUCCCGCUUUCCAAGUCCAUGGGGGGCAAGUCUACCCUUCAGAACGAGAUCCUCGGUGACCUUCACCUCGAGUUCACGUCCGCUCCGGAGAAGGGCGAGGAGUUGCCACUCGAGGAACUCGGCUCGUCCCUUCAGUCUGGCGGCGGCCUCGGCAAGCAUACGUCUGGCUUGGUCUCUCGACUCAUCGGCGGGAAGAUGCCUGGCGGUUUCAACGCGUCUGCGAUCAAGUCCUACCUUUCCAAGACCUGGGGUCUCGGUCCCCUUCGCGCGGAUGCGCGUCUGGCUUCGGAGGCAGAAGGUCGCGCAUGGGUCGAUAGCGUUGUCUCCGCGUACGCUCAGCGUGCGGGCAUCUCGCUCGCGGCUCCUGGCGCGGCUUCCGGCGGUGGUGGUGGUGGAGGCGCGGGUCCGACGAUCAACAGCGAGGAGUUCAUCAAGUUCCAAGCCGACCAGCAAAAGUUCGCUGCCCAGCACGUCGAGCUCUAUAUGCGCUACCUCGGCCGCGACUCUCGCGCUGGCGAGCUUGCGUUCGACCAGGAGAAGGCGAACUCGCAGGCUCUUCAGGCCAAGUUGGACAGCAUUCUCCGCGAGCACGGGGACACCUAUAUCGACGGGAUUCAGCCCGCAUUCGACCCCCUCAAGGCGCGCCACUUCAACUCGUCGUGGAACUGGGCUCGUCAAGAUGCCCUUCUCAUGUUCUACGACAUCAUCUUCGGCCGCCUAACGACUUACUACAUCGACAAGUGCGACCCGGAAAGAGGCGAGACCUUCAAGUUGGCCAAGCACUUCGGUCAGCAGCUGAUCGACAACACUCGCGAAGUUGUUGGUAAGGAGCCUUUGUACAAGGAUUUGACCUUCCCCACCGCCCCGCAUACCGAGAUCACCGCGAAGGGCGACAUCGUCUACACCGAAGUCGUCCAGGACGACGUUGCGAAGCUCUGGACUUUGGUGAAGUCGCAGCCCGGCAUCACCGAGGAGCAGAAGAAGCGCAUCAAGGCCUUGUACGAAGGCGUCGUUCGCUCGCUCCGCAAAGGACCGGAUUCUCCGCGCCCUCGCGUCACGCCUAGGACGCGUUGCUCGUCCUCGCAGGUCCUGCGUCCCCAGUUGUCCGCAGCGAACGUGUCCGCAGCGCAAGGCCGGCUCGACGUGGGAGUACAGCAGCAAUCUGACCGGUGUUUACCUCGACGUCCUUCACGAGAUUGCUACGUCUGGUACAACCUUCAAGGACAAGAACGCUCUCCUGACCGGUGUCGGCAAGGGCUCCAUCGGGGUCGAGGUCGUCAAGGGCCUCCUGUCCGGCGGUGCCCACGUCGACAUCGCGACUUCGUCAUCGUCAUCGCGACUUCGCGCUACACCCGCUCGACCGUCGAGUACUACCAGGACAUCUACCAGACGUAUGGUGCUCGCGGCUUCGCCCUCAUCCCCUUCAACCAGGGCUCCAAGCAGGACGUUGAGGCGCUUGUCGACUACAUCUACGCGAACCUCGGCCUCGAUCUGGAUUACAUCCUCCCCUUCGCGGGUAUUCCGGAAAACGGCCGCGAGAUCGACUCUAUCGACGACAAGUCCGAGCUUGCCCAAGAAGGGGAGCCGUCAGUUCGUCACGCGCCCCCGAUGCAAGUCAUCCUUCCCCUCUCCCCAAACCAUGGUCUCUUCGGCAACGACGGUCUGUACUCAGAGUCGAAGAUCUCCCUCGAGAUGCUGUUCCAGCGUUGGGCGUCCGAGAGCUGGGGCGAAUACCUUUGCCUUGCCUUGCCGGUGCGGUCAUUGUUGGACCCGUGGUACGGGUCUCAUGGGUCCGACGAACAUUGUCGCCCACAAGUCCUACGGAGAGAGAUGGCCUUCAAUAUUUUCGGCCUCAUGCACCCGCUCCUGUUCAGCAUCACGCAGGUCGAGCCGCGCCGGGCCAUCACCCUCGACACAUCCGCCGACUUCAAGGUCAAGAAGGGCCCGGAUGCGGAGCGCCAGACCAUCAACGUUCUCCCUCGCGCGAACCACCGCUACGAGUUUCCGGCGCUUGAGAGCACUGCCAGCCUCGCCGAUGUCUCGUCAUCACCGGUUUCGGCGAAGUUGGCCCUUGGGGUAGCUCGCACACACUGGGAGAUGGAGGCGAGGGGCGAACUCACGAUCGAGGGCUGCAUCGAGAUGGCGUGGAUCAUGGGCUUCAUCAAGCACUUCAACGGGCCGCCCCAAGGAUGGUACACUGGUGCUACGAGCUACGAGAUCCUCGCGCACUGGUGUACGCCUCAUCGAUACGUGGUGUCACAUCUGAUUCCACGAUCACAACUAAGUUCAUUCGCAGAGCCUGAGCUGUUCCGCGGCUACGACCCGAAGAAGAAGGUCUUCAACCAGGAGAUUGAGCUGACGCACGAUCUCGAGCCGAUCGAGGUUGUCGAGUCGGAGACGCAGAAGUUCAAGCUCCAGCACGGCGACAAGUGCGACAUCUGGGCCGGAGAGGAAGGGCAGUGGUUCGCCAAGCUCAAGAAGGGUGCCUGCGUGUACGUCCCGAAGGUGUUCAAGUUCAGCCGCACCGUCGCCGGACAGAUCCCUACUGGAUGGAGCGCCGGUUGCUACGGCAUCCCCGACGACAUCGUCGCUCAGACCGACCGUGUUACGCUCUGGGCGCUCCACAUCCAUCCUUCGGAGAUCGGCACGUCGCUCGGAAGCGGUAUGGGUGGUGUGGUCAGCAUGGCGAAGAUGUUCAAGGACCGCCGCGACGAGAAGGACGUGCAGAACGACAUCUUGCAGGAGACCUUCAUCAACACGACGGCCGGCUGGAUUAACUUGCUUCUCCUGUCGUCGUCUGGUCCUGCCAAGAUCCCAGUCGGUACUUGCGCAACGGCACUCCAGUCUGUGGAGAUCGCGUGCGACACCAUCCUGUCAGGCAAGGCAAAGGUCAUGCUCGCGGGUGGCUUCGACGAUCUGAGCGAGGAGGGCUCCUACGAGUUCGCCAACAUGAAGGCUACGAGCAACGCCGAGACGGAGUUCGCCAUGGGCCGCGAGCCCACUGAGAUGUCUCGUCCUGCGACGUCGACGCGUUCAGGCUUCAUGGAGUCUCAGGGCUCUGGUGUACAGGUUCUCAUGAGCGCUAGGACGGCUCUCGAGCUUGGUGCACCUAUCCGCGGCAUCGUCGCCUUCACGUCGACGUCCACCGACAAGGCCGGUCGCUCCAUCCCCGCGCCAGGCCGUGUUCCUUCGACGCAGCCGUUGCCCAUCCUCGACAUCAAGUACCGCACCCGCCAGCUUGAGUUCCGUCGGAAGCAAAUCUCGCAGUGGCUCACGCACGAGCACUACCAGCUGCAGGAGUUCCGGAAGCAGGAGGGUGCCGAGUUCACCGAGGAAGAGCUCACUGCUCGCGUCGACAGCAUCGAGAAGGAGGCGGCCAGGCAGGAGAAGGACGCGCUCGCCGUAUUCGGCAUGCUCGAAGGGUCUGACCCCCACGUCGCCCCGCUCCGUCGCGCACUCGCUGUGUGGGGCUUGACCACGGACGAUGUCGGCGUGCUCUCCAUCCAUGGCACGAGCACUGGAGCCAACAAGAGCCUUCUCGGUCACUCGAAGGGUGGCUCUGCUGCGUGGCAGAUGGCGGGCUUGCUCCAGUCGGUCUACCACGGCAUCAUCCCAGGCAAUCGCAACAGCGACAACAUCGACCCGAUGUUCCAAGACCGUCACUUCCUCAUGUUCCCUUCGAAGACGAUCUACACUGCAGGUAUCAAGGCCGGUCUCAUGUCCUCUUUCGGCUUCGGUCAAGUCGGUGGCACGAUCCUCAUCUUGCACCCUCGCUUCGUCUUCGGCGCGCUCGACCCGGCGUACUACGAGGCGUACAAGGCGCGCAACCACGUCCGUGCUCUGCAGUCGUACAAGGCCAUGAGCGACAUGAUGGUCAAGCACUCGCUCGUCAAGGUCAAGGACGCCUCGCCUUACACGCCGGACUUGGAGGGCAAGGUUCCCAUGAACUCGCUCGCUAGCACGAUCCGCAACCCCAGGACUGGCAAGUUCGAGUUCGGCAAGAUCAACUCUACUGUCAAGCAGGACACCGCAAACGUCAAGGCCGUGUCCGAGUUGCUGUCGAGCGGUGGUCUGUCCGAAUCGGCGUCGAGGGGCAACGUCACGGCGAAUGAGGUACUGCCGGAGGCAGCCAUCCCCGCGAAGACCGCUAUGACCGAGAAGAAGUGCGUUGGGAAGGACUGUCAUGAUGGAAACAAGACUAUGUCAAGGCCUGGUCAGAACAGCAUACCCCCUGAUCAGGAAUCAGAAUAUGCGCACGUCGUUGUACAGCCUGAAUGCUGCAUGGACCCCGAUGGCACUCGCCACUCCUUCGAACUGCACAAAGCACCACCAGAUGACCCUCACUUCCUGACAACGCCCUCCUCGCUCAUGCCAUACGUGCGCACUCGAACCAAGAAGGAACCGACAUCUGUCUUUGCCGAAGAUUGCCUGGAGGAAGAGGACGAGGACGAUGAAGAUGAUGUGUCGCCUCCUGGGAGGAAACGUCGGGAGCAACCGACGACAUGUCCUACUUGUGCGAAUCCUCACCAACCAAAGGGUCUCCAGACUCACUUCUCUGACCGCAACUGCAGUGAAGAAGCAGCUUUGCUCGAGCAAGCAGCGGAGGCUUCGAGGGAGUACGCCAAUCUCGACCUGUCUCCUGAUGAUAGGCCUGAGGUCGUCGUCAACAAGCUGAAAAUCCGCGGAGAGGCUUACUUGGUCUACCGGGGUAAGGAGCUUGUUGUCGUCUUGAAUGACGACAUCCUCCACCGCUAUUUUGCCAUUCGCGUCUGCUACGCCACCGAGGGACAUUCUUUCGGCAUGUUCACCAGCCAGCACAAUACGAUCAUCUCGCAGCCAUUCAUCCGUCGGGGCAAGAAAAGCAAGGGAUUUCCGGUCCCAUACGAGUAUUGCUUCGGACUCACAGGCUCGCCUGUUGUGACCAUUCUCAUGGCGCUUGUACGACCUGAGCACUCGCUCGUCUUUGCAGAUCACAAUGUGCUCAUGAGUUUCCAUGUCAUGCGCCUGCGAAAGCGCUGCAGCCGGGAUGACCUUAAACCAGGCCAUCCGAUCUGGCCUCGAAUAUGGAGCGCUUCGCAUGGCCCAUGCGCCACUGUCGAACCCGAGGAAGCUCUGAGGACACUCAAAAACUGGCGUAUCAACUCUUUGGCGAACAAGAAGUUCAACUCGACGCCAAUCGGGCUUGUUAUGCGCCAAUCCCAGCACCUCUUCAAUGGUCUUGGGGCCAACGAAAGCUGCGAUGUAUGCUGUCUGGCCCUCAUUCCUCCCUACGCCGCUGUCACAUGGGUGCUCUCCAACCAGGCGGUUUUCGACCGACUGGUCCGGACCUAUCUGGCGUUCUCCGCCGCUAUCCCUGCCCUCGUCGCCUCAUGGCCCGACACCAUUGUCCCAGUAAGGAUGGUCGAUGACAAGAAGCACAAGCCCUUCGCCUUCAACAGUCAUGGCCACACAAAGUUCCUUCAUACGGCGCCCUGCUACCGACGAAAGGCGCCCUUCCUCAAGGUACAACUGGUUCGGGAAGGUGUGCGCCUCGGUCUCUAUUCCCCUACGGCCACCUUCGUUGCGAAGGCCACGGAUGAGGUUUACGCACGGGAAGCAAGCGAAGGAGAAGCCCCUUAUAAGCCCAUGGCGGAGGAGCUUCAGGCCAAUCCACUUCCUCAACCUCGCGGCAAGUCGGGUAGAACUCACGUACCCAACUACAUCGUUGUUGUGGAUGGCAUCGAGUACCACACGCCAUAUAUUGCGCGCCCGCGACCAGAUUGGAAGUGGCCCACGGCCAUAUUCCGGCCAACAAUAGAUGUCAGCGAGAUCAAGCUGGACAGCACACUCGGGCCAUACAGCUUCAACGCGCUUUGCCAAAUGGCAUUCUCAUACCGUGAGUCCGAGGGUCAGCCAGAGGCCGUUGCUCGACCCCAUCGCUUCGAGGUGUGCGGGAUGGGUAGAAAGAAGGUACCACUGCCACAGGACUUGACCAUCUCCAAGCGCGCCUUUGUUCCUUCGAGUCGGAUUGCCCUCACCAUGAACGGGGACAAGCGCGAGCGCGAAGAUGAAGAUGAUUCGGAUGGACCACGGAAGAAGUUGAAGUUGACGCCCUUGACGAGGCGCUGGAACGUGUACUCUGCAGGUGAAGGCCUCGGUCGCCCACCGCCCUCGCUGUGGGCAGGCAGCUACGAGUCUUGCUACGAGCCUUCUUGCCAGCGCAAGCAACGGACGUUCCCGCGGCAUCCUGGUGCUUCCCUCACCGUAUUCAAGUACAGCAACGACGCCGACCAGUGGAACAGCACCAACCUCGAGCUCGAAAGCGGUGACGACAUCGGGCUCGAAGCUGCUCCCACGGUUGCGCUCUUCUUUGUCGCUCCCACGUUCCAUGAGCACCUCCUCGCUGGCGCCCAAGACCGCGAUCCCAAGACAAGCUAUGCCCAGUUUGGCGUUGAUGCGCAGUACGUCGAGUGGACGCACAAGUCGAGGGGUGUCGCCGUUGUUGCGCAGAGUCUCGAGCGCGGAGGAUGA